UUGAACUGUCAAAACAUAGACCUAUUUUUACUGUCAGUAAUGCCUCAAUUUUACAGUCAGAUCUCAUGAUGAUACGAUGAGAAUUCCCAAAUUUUCUGUUAUGGCAAAAAUACUAUGCGCUGGUGCUCUUUCUUAUCUAACAUACCACGCCAUCAAACAAGAAGAAAUGGCCACCAAGUCUUGCGCAGAUGAAUGUCAUUCCCGGAUUCAAAAGUUGAAGGUCUAUUGCCCUCCUGCAAAAAACUUCAUCGUAACUGGCAACUGGAAAAUGAACGGCGACAAGAAAUUAGCAGAGGAAAUGAUAAAAAUGCUGAGAUGCGGCCCAAUCGUAACUGGAAAUGAUGUGAUUAUUGGUGCCCCUGCUCCCUAUUUGGAUUUUAUUCAACAGAGAAAACCAAAAUUCGUGGAAGUUGCAGCUCAGAAUAUUUACAAAGAAGGUGUGGGAGCUUACACAGGUGAAAUUUCUGCUGAAAUGCUGCUAGAUAUUGGCGUCAAAUGGGUGAUUUUGGGGGCAUCUGAAAGAAGAAUAUACUUCAAUGAAGAUUACGAGUUUAUCGGUGAAAAAGCUAAGUUUGCAUUGGAGAAAGGUCUUAGACUGAUAAUUUGUGUGGGUGAGACUGCAAAAGAAAGGGAAUGUAAGGAACAGGUGAGGGCAGUUAUUGAUCAACUGGAAAUAUUAAAGAAGUACAUACCAAAUUCCAAAUGGAAACAUCUGGUUCUUGCCUACGAACCUCUAUGGUCAGUGGGGACAGAGAACUCAGUGACUCCUGCUGAUGCCAAGGAAAUGAUACGAGGUAUAAGAGCUUGGGCUACAAAAGCAAUUGACGAAGAUUCGGCCAACUUGAUGCGAGUUCAGAUUGGUGGACCAAUAUCGCCUAGUGGAGCGAAAGAUUUAGCAACAAUCAAAGACGUUGAUGGUCUAUAUAUAGGACCAUCACCAAGUCUGAAACCAGAAUUCAUAGGUAUGAUCAACUCUAAUAUGGAAUGAAAAAUUUUCAAAUUGUGCAUCUAGUUUUCUUGUGAAUGUAGAAAAUAAAUGUAUGCAAUGAA